UAUUCUGAGGCAUAGGUAGGGGUGAGGAAGGGGGAGGGAGGAGGAGGAAAUUAGCUCACAGAAAGUAAAAAGGCAGAAGGGGUAAGAGAGAGGCAAAGGGUCAGUGAGAUCUGCAGAAGAGGAAAGUAAUGAAAUAUCACAGAGGGAGGAGGCAGCCAGGACAGAGAUAGGCAGAAACAGAUGCACCGCACUGGAAAGAGAGAGGUGCAAGGAGCAUACAAGGAGACGAGGCACAGCAACCUCCGUUUCUAAAGAAGAGAAAGGAUUAGGAUUGAAAUCGAGCAAUUAGCAACAAAAAGACUGAACAAGCACAAAAAUAACAAAGACGUCAAAAGCUGCAAAAUAUCACAAAAAGAAUAAAGAUCCAAAGAGAACCUCUCACUGGGCAGGAGACACACGGAAGCCGACCAGCACAAACAGGACAAUGUUUCCCACGCAUGCAGAUCUGGUGAAGGAGAGGAAAGGUCUGGCGUCAGCUAUAGUCAGAGAAAUAAGAGGGGAAGCCCCACUGUUGGACCUGGGUAAGAAGGUUAGCAUACCACAAGAUUUAAUGAUGGAAGAACUCAACUUACAGCGCAACCGUGGCUCUUGCAUGUACUUGGAACGGCAGAAGCGUGCACAAAGAUACACAUUUGAGUACCCAUCGAAUCGUAUAAAUGCAGCUGGCAAUGUGAAUGCUUCAAACACAGAGUGGACAGCAGCCAACGACUCAACUGGCACCUCAAGGGUGAAUGGGAAGGAGAACUUUCGCUCUGAAAUACACAUAGUCCCAGGAGACAACAGGACCCCUCCUCACGUUCCCAAGAAAUCUGCCAAGGUCCUGCAGAUGCAGAUGUCUUUGCAUCCAGGAGAUAUAGCUCCAGGUUAUUCUGGGCCCCUAAAGGAGAUCCCAUAUGAGAGAUUCAACGUAACAGCCAUCCCUAAAUCUUACCAAUCACCCUGGAUUACGAGACACACAGAAGAGCAGGUCAUACAUGUGAACGAAUCACUCCCACCACCCACAGAAACACCCCUCAAUGUCCAAUAUGGUAGCUAUAACAGAACUCCUAUCCCCUUUGGAAGUUUAUCUAUGGUUGAUAAUGGAACAGCUCCCAUAAUUUUUGAGGAACUACAAGCUCAAAUCGAGGAAUCCACCAGUGGACUUGAACUCAUGUGUCAAAGACCAAGCUUCAACAGAGCACCUCGGGGAUGGGCAAUGAGAUAUGUGCCAGAAUCAGUAGACUUGUAGGCUACUUUGUGGUAUAAAUGUUGUAUCUUAUGAAUAACAUCAACGCAAGGCGUUUCCUAACUAAGAACAGGAUAAUGUCACUUCGUUUUGCAUUGUUUUGCUAGCUUAAUGCUAUCUAUAGUUAAAAAUAUUUGUAAUUGCUAAUGGAGGGCUGAAGUUAGAUCAUAUUUCGGGAAUCUAGAGGGCAGCACAGUCUCACCUGUUAUAGCCAUUUAGGAAACCAUAUAUUUUCUCCACUGCACUCUGCCAUAUACCCGAGAAAACAAAACCCACGCGUUUAGCUACCUUGGAAUAAUUUUACAUUUUGCCAUGUUAGUAUCUCGUUUGUACACUACAUCAAUGAUGAAUUAAUUUGUUUACAUAGUUAGUUAAAGUGAUGCAAUGCCAUUGUGAAGGCAUCUCUGCAUUUUAAGACAUAAAUCCUCAGGGCAGCUGAAUUGUUAGCACUCGGUGUAAUUGUAGAUCUGGCAGGAUUCGGUCAUAAACCAGAGUUUCUCUCUAAUAGUGGGUAUAUUGAACAAAAUAAUCCUGUAUUGAAGAAGCCAAGGUUUUUCGGCACCUAAGAAAAAAAUGCUAAAACCAAAAGGAAUUCACUUUGAAAAAUUGUAAUGCUGAUGGGAUUACACUAAAAUAUUUGGCUUCAGGUGAUGAUAGUGGACCAACUAAUUAAUGGUACCAAGUUUGUCUACACCAGUGAUGGCUAACCUUGACACUCCAGCUGUUGUUGAACUACACAUCCCAGCAUGCCCUGCUACAGUUUUGCUAUUUGGCCAUGCGAAAACUGAUGCAGGGCAUGCUGGGGUGUGUAGUUCAACAACAGCUGGCGUGUCAAGGUUAGCCAUCACUGGUCUACACCUUUUUCUGUUCUGCAGAGUUUUAACUACCGCUCAUCAUGUCCACCAAAGAUAUCAAUACCCAAGAAAAUAACAGCUGUGUAAACAAGGCAACUGAUUGUUUUUUUAUGACAAUUCGUCUUUGUAAAAAAAAAUAAUAGCUCAAUAAAGGCUUAUUUUGCAGCUUA